AUGGAUAUGGAUUAUACAUCCAACAACACUGGCAAUAUAUCAGCCACCACAGCAGCGGCAUUUACCACAACUUUUGGAGAUUCAAAUACCACGGAUAAUAAUUCAAGUGAUUAUGCACCAGAAAUGGCUUCGGAGAAGGCACCAAGCGAAGAGGAGAUGCUGAAGAUAGCCUUUUUUAUAGGGGAUUUUGUACAUCAGUACUAUAUCCCUGUUGUCUGCUGCACGGGCAGCAUUGGGAACAUCCUGUCGGUGUUUGUCUUCUUCAGGACCAAGUUACGGAAAUUAUCCUCGAGCUUUUAUCUGGCUGCUUUGGCCAUUAGUGAUACCUGCUUCCUGGCCGGACUUUUUGCCCAGUGGCUGAACUUUUUCAACGUGAACAUCUACAACAGGAACUACUUUUGCCAGUUUUUCACCUUCUUCAGCUACUUGGCCAGUUUUUGUUCCGUUUGGUUUGUGGUGGCCUUCACCGUGGAGCGCUUCAUAGCCGUCAUCUAUCCGCUGAAGCGCCAAACCAUGUGCACUGUGCGCCGGGCAAAGAUCGUGCUCCUUUGCCUGACCUUUGUGGGCUGCCUGCACUGUAUGCCCUACAUAGUGAUUGCCAAGCCAGUGUUUAUGGAAAACCUCAACGCCACCAUCUGCGAUCUCAAUGCGGAAUACAAAGAACAACUGGCCCUUUUCAACUACUGGGACUCGAUUGUCGUCUAUGCGGUGCCCUUCACCAGCAUCGCAGUGCUGAACACCUGUACAGGUUGCACGGUCUGGAAAUUCGCCACCGUUCGCCGAACGCUGACCAUGCACAAAAUGAAGCCCCAAUCGCACAGCAUGCCAUCGAACUCGUCUAACUCCUCCGGAGCUGCCUCUGCAGUGGCAUCGUACCGCAUUUCGGCAUCCCUGAAGCGUCAGAAGUCGACAGGAACGCAUCCAAGCGGACAGCACAAUGUUGCCAUUGGGCAGACGGAUGAGCAGGAUCAACAGCAGCCACAACAGCAGCAUCAGCAUCAAAUUAACAAUUGCCAACACCAUUGUGAGAUUACACAGAAACCAGCUCGUCGCAAGGUACAAAACUCAUCGCAAAUCAAGGUAACCAAAAUGCUGCUCAUUGUCUCAACGGUUUUUGUAUGCCUGAAUUUGCCAACCUGCCUGCUGCGCAUUGAGACGUAUUGGGAGACAGAAUCGUCCAAAAAUAAGAAUUCAACACUUGCUCUGCAAUAUAUUUUUCACGCUUUCUUCAUCACAAAUUUCGGGAUCAAUUUUGUGCUUUACUGCGUCAGCGGACAGAAUUUCCGCAAAGCCGUAUUAAGCAUUUUCCGGAGGGUUUCAUCGGGUCAACGGGAGGCGGGAAACACCCAAGUGACAGUUUCAGAAUAUUGUCGCAAUACUGGCACCUCCACCCGCCGUCGAAUGAUGACGCAGCAUUGUUGGAACGAAAUGCAUGAGCUGCAUCCACUCAAAUAAAUUGCAGAGCUUACGUACAAAAUUAACUUAGAGGCUCCGAAGGCCAACGAAAGAUGUGAAAUUGCGAAAUACGCCGCGGGAUAAGCAGGAAUUUCGUUUUUAAUUAGAUUUCAGUCAACAUAAUAUAAGAGAACCCCGAAAGUAAAAAUUAGUUUACAGAAUGAAAAAAUGAAAGCGAAACUUUUGUUUGUGAUGUUUGUCAAGGUCAAGCAACAUAAAAUAAAAAACAAAAAUCAAAAUUAAGAAUGUAUUGUAUACACCGUAUUACAUGUGUUUAGGUGUUUAACUAACCAUGAGUAAUCAAAUAAUUAGUUUUUGUUUUCCUUUAUAAACUUUACACCCAUUAAAAAAAAGCUGUUAAACAAAACCUAGUCAAAUUGUAAACCGCACGCUAAUUUAAUUUAAAGCUAACCACAAAUACAAUUUGAAAACGUCAAACGUAAAACCCAAUAGAUUAGAUUAAUAAAAACGUAUUACUGUCUAACCAAACAACGCUAAAAUGUAUACAUGUAAUAAAUGUUAAUUUCGUUCAAUGAAAAGCCA